GCAGCGGGUGGGCAGCAUACGUCUAAUCACAGGACCGACGAGGGCAUCCAGAUGUACAACAGUGCUGCGAUCGAGGUCAGUUACCUAUCACUCCUAAACAUAUAAUCAAACUCAUACUGUUUUGUCUUAGCCUGAAGAUGAGGCAGCCACAGACGCAGCCCUUACGCGCCUGUUCGCAGAGAUCCUCGCGUCGCCGCCGACUGGCACUUGCGCUCUUCCAGGCACUUGCCCUUCGGCAGAAGACGCGAACAACACGCAGGUGCUGAGUGAGCCCACUUCGAUGGAGGAGGCCGGCCUAGGGCUGGUUACGAGUGGGAUUAACACAGCUAACUGGGCGGAACAAGUCAGUGUAGAGAUGGGAAUAGAAAGACUGCUAGAGAUGCUGCCGAGUACGCAGGACAUCGCUAUGGACUCGAACACUACCUUCGAUGUUGACGCCGACUUCUCGGAUGCGCUGGUGUGGGACGAGAUUAGCGUCUACUGAUCUGAUGAACCUCUCUAGACUACCCUUCAUCAAGCACUCGAUCAACAUCAUCGGUUUCCGCGACAUAUCUAUCAUUGUUAUUCUGUCUAUGUUCUAUCUAUCUCCUACUCUACCUUGCUUUAUUUUGGCUCCUCCUGGUCUCCUCGCCUUCGUCUUUUUUUUUGUAUUUGGCAUCACUCGCUUUUGUCACGCACCCACACUUACCUACGCCUACACCUACAUCCGGCUUAUUCGUUCCAACCCCUUUUCCCCUGUUCCGCCCCCUCUCUCCCACAAACUCCUUUUGUCUCUGGCACUUCUUCCUCGACGCUGUCUCCCACCAUACGUUCUACUUGUUUCUCGCCCUAGGGUUUGAUGAAAUCGAGUGAGCUUGUGUGUGGUGAGCGCUUGAGUGCGGUUGUGAACUGAGACUUGGGCUGCUUUGUGGAUAGGAUUGGGUCUCCAUCCUUCUCCGUAGGGUGUUAGGUUUUUACUCUUUGGUUGUAGUGUAUGUGGUCGCGAUGAAUGCAGAUCGAUGUUUAUUGUUCCUGUUGUGUGCAAAUUUUGACUGAACGUUGGCACGCCGGCUACCAGCCUU